AAAAAAUGUUGUAUUCAGUUAUAUUAUCUAUAUUGUAUUUUACCUUGAUCAACAUUCAUAAAAAGAACAUUGCACUUGAUCAAAGUAUUUCUUUCCUCUCUCUCCUCACCUAACUCUAUCUCUACUUCAAUUUUUCAGAUCUGGUGUGCUCUGGCAUUCGGAUGGCGCGUGCGAGCAGCACCGGAGGCGGCUUUCUCUUCCUCCCUAGCUCGUUUUUUCUUUGGCUUCUUUAUAGCCUCUGUUUCUCUUCACUUUGUUCGAUUUUGUCUCUGAAAGUUUUCACGGCUAGUCCUCUGCUCACGAAGAGGCUCGACACCGGGUUGAACUUUGUACGCUCUGGAGUCGUAGUGCGGAGUCAAAUCAGUUUCUGUCAGAGGGGCUCGGUUUUUAGGGUUCAUGAGGGCUUUUUCAUCUUUUCUCUCUAGCAUUUCAGCGGCGUAUGGAGGAAGUUUCAAGCUUUCAGAAUUAUUGCUCGUGGAUUCCGGAUCUGCUUCCUAGCUUUGCCAAAGCGGUGGCGUUGUCUGGCACAGUGACUCAGCCUUGGUGUCUCGGUGAGUUUUGCCCUGUCUCUUUCGUAACAUGACAGCCUCGGAGGUUCUGUUACUUGAGGGAACAGUUAUAGCCAACAGGUUUGGUGUGUAUGGAUCUUGCGGUGUUCCCGGGUGGAGGUUCUUGGCGUUCGGUUUGUUUGGGUCGCCUAUGACUCCACCAUUGUAUCGCUGGUGGUCUCUCUUUCUUUUGUUUACCUCUUCUAGAUUCUAGUAUCAGGUCAACACUUGAAGCUUGUCGAUAGCUUCCUAGUUGCUUUGUUCGUGUAUAGUUUGGCUAGUUGGCCAUAGUCACUGGUUUUCAACAAUUUGACGGUUAAGGUUACUUCUGCUCGGUUCUCGACAGUGGCGUGUUAUGAGGAGAGUAGGGGUUUGUGUGGUCUAUGAACCUCUGGCUCCUUUCUGUGACUCAAUGCGGAGCUUCGGUAUCCUAGUGCCUUCUGCUGUUAUCAAGCAGUCUUGACAAUGUUGUUUCUAUUACUUUUGCAUGUCGUUGAUUUUUAUCUGGUGCUAGAAUAGUUGCUGUUUUGUGCCCGUCUUCUGCAGGUUUGUUUUAGCAGAGGCAUUUUGGCUAAUCGGUCUUUGCGGCUUGUUUUUUUUUCGGAGCCGGUGAGGAGUCCAUCUUGGGUUCAUUAUCUGCUCCGAUAUUUGGCGUUUGAGAAAAGUGUGUACAGCCGGUCUAAGAUUGCUACUUGCUACUCCGAGGCAACAAGGUGAAUCUCUCCUUCCCGUGGCCAUCGUCAAAGGCAGAGAACAGUAAUUGAUGCAUGAGGAUACUUGAUUCGAUUUACCGGAACGCGCCGGAAUAUAGGUUGAGCAAAGGUAGAUACAAUAUGGUUGAAUUGUGUAAUUUUGUGUGAGUUGUACUUAUUUCUGUUUACGGAUCGAUUAUUAAUAAUAAUAUAUUGUUAAAAAAAUAAUUCGUACAUGAUGUUUUUAUUUGAGGUUAUCAUUUUGAGUUUUAUAAUACUAAUAUUAUUUCUCAAAACUCAUACUAUUUAAUUUGGACUACCGCCAAUUUUUGUUUUUAGUCUUAGUAUGUGUCUUCUCCUAGACCUCGUAUGUUAUUACGUAAGAUUUAAUUUAUUUAAAUUUGAGAAAGCAGAUGCCUAGUAAGAGUGUAAGACACAAGUACUUGUUGUCAAAAAAAACAUGUUACCAAUUUCUCUUGAUGUUUUUUUAAUAGGUCUUUUUAACUCGCAGUUCAGUUUACAAAGGACGAUAAUAUUAUAUAAGCACAGUUUUAUCAAAUACGUACUGUCAAGAAAACAAAAUUGUUAAUUUUCGUAAACUCAUAUCACCCAGUUUGGUCAACCAAAUCUAUUACUGAAUUUAGUAAUGAUGCUGACGUAAAACAUAAUAUUCAUAGACUAAUCAAUUUACAGGAUUAAAAAUGAAAUAGUCCUGCAAUCCUCCACAAAGUUGUCCACUGUAACCAUCAUACAUUAAUUAUAGAUAGUACCGACCACCGCAAUUAAGUUGAUACCUCACCUCAUUUACUCAUUUUCCCAAUUUCCACCCCAUUAUUUGUCUUAUGUAUGACUUUGUCAACCGGUCAACUAUUUUCUCUACACCUUUUCGACUUGAAAAGGAGAAUAAAUAGUACAUCCAUUCUUUCACUAAGUUCUCUGUCACAUUAGUUGUCUAAACCAUAUAUAUCAAAAAUGUUCUCGUGGUCGAAUAGUUUCACAAGAGAUUCCACUACUCUCUGCAUCAGCACCAUAGGUUAAUGCAUCCACAUUUGAGCCAACAAGCCAAUGGCAUUAGAUUCUUCAAAGAUUCUAUAUGUACAUAUACAAUAAACUACCAAUAACCAUCAAUCGCUUAACAAAUUUAGACUCACUGUGGUGGUUCUACAUGUAUGGUGAUUAACCUCAUAAAAAGAAAUUUCUUGGCCUUGAUAGAAAAUCCAUCUAACUUGUUUUGUCGGGACUUAUAAAUGAAAGAAGCAUAUUAUAGGUUCUUCUAAAUAGUCUCUCAAUGGACGAAAAACUCCAAACAUGUAUCUUUCAUGUCCGUCUUUUUUGCCUCUAUAAAAUGCAACCAUUGAGGAUGUGAGCUUCAUGCAAAGACGAAGGGGGAAAAUAAUCUUUCAGUGAAAAAGAGUGAUGAAAGAGCCGAAGAAAAAGAUUUUGGUGAGUGUGAAUGUUCUUGGAAGCGUUGGUCCUAUAAGGUUUUUGGUCAAUGAAGACGAUAAAGUUUCAAGUGUUAUUAACACAGCUUUGAAAACCUAUGCUCGUCAAGGCAGGAUCCCGGUUCUAGGGUUCGAUGUCAACAACUUCAUUUUCUACUCCAAUAGUGCAGGAUUCAAAACUUUGAAUCCACAAGAGAAGAUAGGCUCAAUGGGUGAAACGAACUUCUUGCUCUGCAAGAGAGAGCGAGAACCACUGGAAAAGGUCGAAGGAAGAGAAGAGAGUAAAGCUCGUGAAGGCAAGGGUUGGAAAAAUCGUCUUCGUCGGUCCUUAUUAGGAGAAUUUCUAUACAAAAACAAGUCUAACUCUACAAAAGUUGCAAGAACUAGAUCAUUAUAUCAGUGAUCCUUUUUCUUGCAAAUAUAGAUUUCAUUAAACUUAACGGGGGUUUUAAUACAAAUGUUGUUACUUACACUAAUAUGGUAGAUACAAUUUACAGCUC